AUGAAGACAGAUUUCAGAUUUUCCAAUCUUCUUGGAACCGUCUACUGUCAGGGCAAUCUAUUAUACAGCCCUGAUGGAACCUGCUUAUUCUCCCCCGUCGGAAACCGAGUUACGGUAUUCAACCUUGUAGACAACAAAUCAUACACUCUCCCCUUUGCGCAUAGAAAGAACAUCACGAGGAUUGGCUUAACACCGCGGGGCAACCUUCUACUCUCAGUUGACGAAGAUGGACACGCAAUAUUGACCAAUGUCCCACGACGAAUAUCUAUAUACCACUUUUCCUUCCGAUCUCCUGUCACUGCCCUCGCCUUUUCCCCUUCAGGACGCCACUUUGCCGUAGGACUAGGUCGAAAGACUGAAGUAUGGCAGGUUCCAUCAACCCCAGACUCCAACUCGGAGGGAGAGUUGGAAUUUGCGCCGUUCGUUCGACAUCACACACAUAUGGGUCAUUUCGAUGAUGUCCAUCACAUUGAGUGGUCGAUAGAUUCACGCUUCUUCUUAACUGCCUCCAAAGACCUUACCGCUCGGAUAUGGAGUUUGGAUGCCGAGGAAGGAUUUACCCCCACAGUCCUGUCGGGUCACAAGCAGGCAGUCAUCGGCGCUUGGUUUUCGAAGAACCAGGAAACGAUAUACACUGUCAGCAAAGAUGGCGCCGUCUUUGACUGGCAGUAUACUCGGCACCCUGAUGCGCCGCCACCAGACGAGGACGAAGAUAUGGAUGUUGACGGAGACGAGCGCUGGAGAAUCGUCCAAAAGCAUUACUUUAUGCAGAGCAAUGCUAAUGUUAGAUGUGCUGCUUUCCAUCCCGAGUCUAACCUCUUAGUUGCUGGUUUCUCUAAUGGUAUAUUCGGCUUAUACGAAAUGCCCGAUUUCAACGCUAUUCAUACCCUCAGCAUAUCACAAAAUGAAAUCGACUUUGUUACGAUAAAUAAGAGCGGAGAAUGGUUGGCCUUUGGAGCUUCUAAACUAGGCCAGCUGCUUGUCUGGGAGUGGCAAUCUGAAUCUUACAUCUUAAAACAGCAAGGUCACUUCGAUUCCAUGAAUUCCUUAGUUUACUCUCCCGACGGAAAGCGCAUUAUCACCACAGCCGACGAUGGAAAGAUCAAGGUUUGGGAUGUCGAUUCUGGAUUCUGUAUAGUCACAUUCACCGAACAUACGAGUGGUGUAACAGCUUGCGAGUUCGCAAAGAAGGGGAAUGUGCUAUUUACUUCAAGUUUAGAUGGUUCUAUACGAGCGUGGGAUCUUAUCCGAUAUCGAAACUUCCGAACAUUCACAGCACCGAGCCGACUCUCUUUUUCCUGCAUGGCAGUUGACCCUAGUGGUGAGGUGGUGGCUGCGGGGUCUCUGGACUCAUUCGAUGUCCACAUUUGGUCUGUGCAGACCGGUCAGUUGCUCGACCAAUUAUCCGGCCACGAAGGUCCUGUUUAUUCGUUGGCAUUUUCGCCAAAUGGUAGUACUCUAUUCAGUGGAAGCUGGGAUAGAACAGCCAGGAUGUGGUCGAUAUUCAGUCGCACACAGACUAGUGAGCCUCUACAAUUACAAGCAGAUGUCCUAGACAUCGCAGUCCGACCGGAUUCUGCACAGCUUGCAAUAUCCACUUUAGACGGCCAAUUAUCAUUCUGGUCUGUAUCGGAUGCAGAGCAGGUAUCCGGUCUGGACGGGCGGCGGGACGUAUCAGGAGGUCGGAAGGUCACUGAUCGUAGGACCGCUGCCAAUGUAGCUGGUACCAAGAGUUUUAACACUAUACGAUAUAGCACAGACGGCAGUUGCCUUUUAGCAGCAGGAAACAGCAAAUACAUUUGCCUGUAUUCUGUCAGCACCAUGGUUCUCCUGAAAAAGUUUACUGUCAGCGUCAACCUUUCCCUAUCAGGAACACAGGAGUUUUUGAACAGCAAGUUACUCACGGAAGCAGGGCCGGAAGGGUUACUCGACGACGAGGCCGACCUUUCAGAUCGGGAGGCCCGGAAGGAUAAGUCAUUACCUGGUUCCAAGAGAGGCGGCGACCCAUCCGCUAGGAAGAAGUUGCCCGAAGUAAAAGUGACUAGCGUUGGCUUCUCACCGGCCGGUACCGCAUUCUGUGCUGCAUCAACGGAAGGCCUCCUCAUAUACAGCGUAGACAACGAGCUGCAAUUCGACCCGUUCGAUCUUAAUAUGGAAAUCACGCCAGCUUCAACUCUUGCCAUUCUUGAAAAUGAAAAGGAUUACCUUAAAGCUUUAGUCAUGACAUUCCGCCUUAACGAGGCCCUUUUAAUUAAGAGGGUCUUUCAAUCGGUGCCAUAUACAGAUAUCCCAUUGGUGGUGGAACAGUUUCCUGUGGUAUACGUUGCAAGGCUUCUACGAUUCGUCGCAGCCCAGACCGAAGAAUCACCUCACAUCGAGUUUUGUCUAUUAUGGAUCAAAUCAUUGGUAGAUAAGCACGGAUCGUGGCUUACAGCAAAUCGGAGUAAAGUGGACGUUGAACUCCGGGUUGUUGCUAGAGCAGUCACGAGAAUGCGAAACGAGAUUAAGCGAUUGGCCGACGAUAACGUGUACAUGAUCGACUAUCUACUCGGUCAAGCUAACACCAAAAGUAUGGACACCAACAACCAGAAAUUGGUAACUGGUGAAGGCGAUAUCCAAGUAAAGAUGGUGGGGUCAGAGGAAGAGAUGAUCUUAGAAGAUGCAAUACAAUCUGAGGCGGAGUCUGAGACCGGGUGGGUUGGCCUGGAAUGA